AUGCAAACACCUAUAAUGAAUAAUUACAUUUUAAGCAUAAUCUAGAAAAAGUAUUCAAAAAUCAUAAAAUUUAUAAUUUAAAUUUCUUUUUUGACUUAUAAAAAGAAAAAGUUAAUAUAGAAUAAUUAUAGAAUAAUUAUAGAAUAAUUAUAGAAUAUCUAUUAAUUGAUUUAUUUUUGGUAAUUCAAAUAAUAAUAAACACUAAAAGCAAAUGCAGAAUAAUUUUACAGAUAGGAUGCUAAUUUAUACAAAAAUAUAUUCUAAAAAAUCAAUUAUUUUGAAAAUUAAUAAUUAAACCCAGAACAAUUAGAAUUAUAUAUUAAAAGCGACAUAUAUCCAAGAUGUUUAAAUAUUUCUUUAGAAGAAUUUACUAUUUCUUUGACUCUUUUAGAUAAAGAAAAAUAACAAGAAUUAGUUAAGAAAUGGAUUAAAGAAGUAAAGGAUUCUUAGAAUUUUAAAGAAUUAAUACCUUUUUUUUUUAAUAUUAUAAAAGGGGAGAAUNUAGCUGCUUUUUUGAAAAACCUAAUAAAGACUCAAAAUUUGAUUGAUGAUGUAUUGGAAUUGAAAAAAUAAAGUGCAAUUUACCCAAGUUAAGAACUAGAAAUUAUUUUCAGAAUCGUAGUUGAAAUUCAAAAUCAAGAAUUUACAUAAUUUUUAAUUCUUAGAUAAGCUUUAAAAUAGGGUAAAACUAAGGCUUAGAUGGAAAAUCUUUUAAAAAUAUCAAAAUACAAUGAUACUAUGGAAUUAAAUGACUAAAUUUAACUAUUAAAUGAAUUUCAAGAUGAUUAUUGGGAAUUAGUCAAAUAAAAUUAAAUUCAAUAUAUCAUUUGUAAUUCUUUGAUUAAACAAUAUUUCUUUUAUAAAUCAGAAGGCUCCUCAUCAAAACUCCUCCAUUUUUUGAGAAAACUUUUCAAUAAUAAUUAAGCAAUUCAAUAGUAGAAUUAUUUAACUCAAUUUUUUUCUAAAAUUUUUACCUUUUUAUAGGACGAACAAAUUCAUCGAUUAAUUAGUGUCAAUAAAUAAAAUUAAAUCUCUUAAUGUGAUUAUAUGAAUACAAUAGAAACAUUAUUUUAAGUCGUUAACUAAUUUAAAUGUUUGCAUAAAAAUAUUAUGUUGCUUUCAUAAAAUAAUAAUUAAAUUAAUAUUGAGUCAAUAUAUUAGGCUUAUUGUAUUGACACAUUAUAAAUUUUAUUAUUAUAUUAUGAAAGCAAUGAUAUAUUUUUAUGCAAACACCUAUAAUGAAUAAUUACAUUUUAAGCAUAAUCUAGAAAAAGUAUUCAAAAAUCAUAAAAUUUAUAAUUUAAAUUUCUUUUUUGACUUAUAAAAAGAAAAAGUUAAUAUAGAAUAAUUAUAGAAUAAUUAUAGAAUAAUUAUAGAAUAUCUAUUAAUUGAUUUAUUUUUGGUAAUUCAAAUAAUAAUAAACACUAAAAGCAAAUGCAGAAUAAUUUUACAGAUAGGAUGCUAAUUUAUACAAAAAUAUAUUCUAAAAAAUCAAUUAUUUUGAAAAUUAAUAAUUAAACCCAGAACAAUUAGAAUUAUAUAUUAAAAGCGACAUAUAUCCAAGAUGUUUAAAUAUUUCUUUAGAAGAAUUUACUAUUUCUUUGACUCUUUUAGAUAAAGAAAAAUAACAAGAAUUAGUUAAGAAAUGGAUUAAAGAAGUAAAGGAUUCUUAGAAUUUUAAAGAAUUAAUACCUUUUUUUUUUAAUAUUAUAAAAGGGGAGAAUCAUCAAAAAUAUUUUUGUAAAUUAUUAAUUAACAAAUAAAAUAAAAUAAAGAACUUUCAAUAAAAUAUGGAUAUUUCAAUUAAAAAUCUAUAUUUUAAAUAUUCUAUAAUAAUGCUAAUGAUGAAUUAAAAGUAAUGCUUUUAAAACUUAUGAGUAAAUAAUAUCCAAUUCCAUUAUGAUAUAGAACUCCUUAUAAUGCUGAAACUGGCGAAUUAGAGAAAUUAACAUUUAAUAUUAAUACUUUUUAUGUUUUCUAAGAAAACUUUCCAAUUAUAAGUCUAAGUUUAGAUGAAAAAUAAAAAAGAAUUGGAAAAACAGAAUUAAUCAAUAAAAUUUUUUAUUAAUAAGACAAAUUUGAAAUCUCUGACAGCAAUUAAUUAAAUAAUUAAACAAUUAUAUUAUGUAUGACUUUGAAUUUAGUGGGUCAAGAAAUCUGUCAGUAGCCGACGCUCAUAAUUUUAUACCUUUUGAUAUUUUAGAUGAUAUUUUACCAAUGUUUAAAUUGUGGAUCAUUUAAUUGUAUUCUGAAAAAGAAAUUGAAACUUCGAUAUAAAAAUUAUAAAAAUUAAAAUCAUUUUUAAUUUAAGAAAAAAUGGUUUGUUUUUUAAUUAGAAAUUCAUCAUCUUAAGACUUGGAUGAAAAUUAGAAGGAAUUAUUGUAUUCCUAAAAUAUCAAAUAUAAAUAAAUAAUUGAUUUAUCAGACAAAGAUUUAAAUAAAUAAAUGAAAGACGAUGAAAUUGAAUAAGUAUCUAAAUUUUUGUAUGAUAUAAUAAAUCAAAAUAGAAAAGUAUAUACUGUAAAUUAAGAGCAAUACUUUAAUCUUAUAUGUUAAAUGAAAUGUCAAAAUUUGGAAUAAACUAUGGAAAUGAAACUAGCUUAAUAAUGA